GUUGCGGAUGUGAAAAGUAACAAUACUUGCUUGUUUACGUGCAUAGGUCACAGGGAUGAAUUUAUCUUGUCAGUUAAUCCCAAGUACAGAAACAGAAAAGGUUGGCAAAAUGAUUCUCUCUCAAGUUCACCUUCCAUUGUGUUUGGGGAUGAUUCUUUUGAUGUGGCCAGCAACUCCACAUGGAUGCAGACACACAAAUCGCAAACGCGAGGACCGGGGCUUAAAAGAAUGUCUGUCCCAUUGGGGAGUCCAAACUGUCACCAACGUCAUCGAUAUACAGAAGACAUUGUUUGAUGCCAACUUAACGCAUGCCUGUCGAGCUGAUGCUCUAGACUCGGCUAAGCAGUGUGUUACCACCGUGCCUGUGGACAAAUGUCCGUCUGUUCUCCUGUUCUGGCACCACCUCAUCGGUCCACUUAAUCAGGCCUGCCAGAACAUCAAAGAGUUUACAAAUUCGUUAGUGUGCAUUGAUAGAAAGAGACUGACAUUAUGCCAAGGCAUUACCCACAGCAUAGGUCCAUAUAGCAGGAGGAGAAGGGAUAACGAGAGAAACUGCCAGGCCAUCUCAGAGUAUCAAACAUGUAUGAAUCAGAUAUUACAGAAAGGCCCCGACUGCGAAGGUGAUGCCGUAAAACCUCUUGUAAACGCCCUAGGCCUCCAUCUUCUUCAUCUCGGCGUGUAUUACGAGUGUGCUCAAGAUUACCCUUUCACUUUGCCACCAGAAGAUACUUUAAAUGGCCUUCCUUUUGACACACCACUAGGAUUUGACUCCGAUUUCUUUGACUGAAGUUUUCUCACUCAAGAUCUAAUCAGACAUUACUGGGCCACACUACCACAUUAUAUGGCCUCCUGUUCAGAAGACCCACCAUCUGUCACCGAGAAAAACUAACUUAUUGAUCUGUCAACCAUUUGAACCAUGGUAUUCAUUCACAACAGAAAGCAAUCAAUUUGUGAAAGAUACUGAUCUAGCUGCAGCAUGGGUUUGAAAGAAAGAAAAACAUUUUCCCUCUUUUAAACAUUUUAAUGUUGUAUACAUUGUAUAAUUUUGACUAGGUAUAACAUUAUAAACAUAAACAAUAUUAUAACAUAUAUUUUAAAUUAAUGCAAGCAUUAUGACCUUUUUUUUCAAAGAACACAGUCAUACAGCAUAAUAGGAAAAAAUUCACGCAAGUCUGUUCAAUAAGAAAACCCAGAUUGGUUUGUACCUAGAAGUGAAUGCUUUCAAGAAAAUCAGUUAAGAUGUCCAGUUAAAUAUACACUUGUGCAACAAAUAUGCAGAUUCACAAACUUCAAAAGUUUAAGUAAAAGGGAACAGUUUAAAUUGCAUUCAGAAUAUUGCACAAAGACAAUAAUAUCAUUUUUAUAGCAAAUAUCGUAAAUCUUUGGUUAAAAGCAGUUCCAUGUGUAGUACUUUUAAUAACAUCAAUAAAUGAAUGAUUGAAUGCAAGUAUUCUUUUUAAUCUACAUAACAUGUAUAAAAAUCUAUACUGUAAUGAAAAGCAUUUUAAAGUAAAUGUUUAAUUUUGCAAGCAUUACAUGUAAAAUGUGGCAAAUUUGGCACAAAAACUCAAUCACUUUAAUAUCAAUCUACAUAUAUGUAUGAUAAAUAAUGCUGCUUCCAAUUUUUUUUUCUUUACAUGUUGCACAACUGCUUGGUAUCAUAAAACUGCAAACAACCUAGAAAUGCUUCAAGGUUUGAUAAAUUGUACAAUAAACAAACCAAGGCACAAACUUUUGUAGAGUACUGUACAUAAAUAUAAUAUAAAGCAAGCACUUCCACAUUUACAUAUCGUCUGGUACACAGUUUUUGGAAUGGUUGUCAAUGUUUUUGUGUGCCAACUAGUCUGUUCCAUUUAUUUGCUUGUAAAAAUGGAUCAAUUUUGUAUUCUCAUGACACAAAUAAAUAAUCUACUGAUAUAGAUGUGUAA